GUCGCCUGUCCGCCCAGCCUGGCCCAGCGUGCCCGGGAGCUCUGGGCUCCCCAUCACGCCAUGCAAUGAGACUGAGUCCAGCCUGUGGCUUUUGGCACACAGCUUGGCAUAGGGGCACCAGUAGAAUCUCAAAGCACACACCGCAGCAUACGAGUGUGGUGAGCUGUAGCAGGGCAGUUUGGAUGUGCUCAAGUCCUCGACUCCAACUGUUGGACGUUUUGCAGUAUCUCUGUUUCUUCUUAUGUGAUGCUGACACAUGGAUCUGCACGCAUGUUGUGCAGUGAUACACUUCUGUGAAAGGUUCACAUGCAUGGCGUAACCAUAAAGAAGUCAGAUACACAGAAGGAAUAUUUGGGGAAAAGUCUAGGGUGUUUGAGGUUGACUCCUUCCUUUGGAACUUACCUCUCAAGCAGUUUGAGUACUGUGCUAGGACUGAUUUAUCUCAUUGAAAUGAGUAGCUUGGAAAUAUGUGCACUUUGGCAGCAUGUUACCAGUGUUGUUUAUGUAUUCUUUCCUUUGAAGUCCACGGGGCCUUCUGAUAACAUGUUCAUAUAUGUAAACCAGUCUUUUGCUCCAUCUCCAGACCAAGAAGUUGGGACCCUCUACGAGUGUUUUGGAAGUGAUGGAAAGCUGGUUCUGCAUUACUGCAAAACUCAGGCAUGGGGAUGAACGACAAGCAAUAUAGAUUAGGUAUUGCCUUCAAAAGUGGAAAAGGGACUGAAUUAAACUCAACUCGUAAACACACAGAAAGAAGGAUUUUUGCAUUUCUGCUUAUGACUGUAUGUAUAUAAAAAUGAUGCAGAUGGAUAGUGUGAAAGAAGAGCUACUUAGGCUAUUUGAUCAUGUGGCUUUUCUCUGAUGUACAUCUGAGGUACAGAAGAAAAUUUUGUAUCUGCUAUCCACAGAGUAGAGCCAGCUUUUUUGCUGCCAAGUCUCGGUUGCUGUAUCUGAAGGGAAUUUCAUAGUUACCUGGAGGACUGACUGGACAGCUCAGUACUGAAGAGUUCUCUUUUUUUAUUAAAAGAAAUGUUUAUUUUACAUAUAUACUUCUGCUGCAUUGUACAUCUGUUAUGUGCAUUGUAGGCUUUGUGACAUCUUCACAUUGAGUGUGCAUUAUCUCAUGUCAUUUUAAGACUUCUUUUUUUCUCGUAAUCAGUAUGUAAGAAUUGGUAUGUAAUCACUUCACCUUGUGCCUCUAUCAUGGUGGUAAUGUAAGUAGCUCAUUUGUAUGGCAGAGUAUAAUGAUAAGCCCCGAAUACUUUCCUCUUGGCCCAAUUGUGUAGCAAGUUAUUGAAGGCUGAACACUUCUGCAGUUGCCAAGAUAUUUUCUUCUGCACUGUUUAAUGACUAGCAUCUUUAGUUGAACGAUGCCACUGGCUGUUGCAUCUUGAGUUAAUGAAGAAAUAGGAAUGAGAUGCUAAAGUCCUACUCUGUAUAUUCUUUUGGCUGGUGUUUGCCUUUUUCACCAGCUGCAUUGUCCAUCAGCAAAAUGGAAUGCACUUUAUAUUCUUUUAAGUCAUAACAUAAUGAGGAAUUUUAUUUUUUUUAAUUAUCCCAGAGAGGACUCUGUACCUUGACCAGGAUACUGACCUUUGCUUCUCUUUAUUGGAGGGUUUGGAUGGGGGGCAGAGUUUGUGUGUUCAUUUUAAAUGUCUGUUGUACAGUCUUUUGUGUUUGAGCUGGACUACAUUAAAUAUUAGCUGUUGGCUUGCA